AAGAUAGCUUUAUCGCUUCAGUUGUGCGCAAUGCCACGGCUGCUUCGCCUUCGGGGUUUCUUGGGGCUGCUGAUACUCCUGAUGCUACUUCAGGUGUCGCUGGUAAAUUUCAUGGAGACCAAUGAAACUCCAGUGAAAUCAGCACGGGAGGAAGAAAUACGCCCUGUUGCUUUCAAAGUAAGAACUUCACCAGACACUGUUAAACUGAAAAUCGUUUACGGAAGAAUAAUUGGGAAGAAAAGAUACUAUGUUCCUGGUGAUAAUGUUACCAUUCAGUGUUUUGCUGGCUUUGCACUGCGAGGGACACCUGCAAUUCGAUACAUUGGUGGGAAGAAAUGGGUACCUGAAGUUCCAACUUGUAAUCUAAGCUUCUUCUUGAUACUACUUAUACUUGGUAUGUAAUAUCUUGAGAUUGGAGAAACAUGAAACUGCAUUAAUAAACUUCAGUAUACAGUAUCCAUA